AUCAAGAUUCUUCAACUCUUACAGCGCGGCCACCUCCCCUUUAAACAGCGCCUACGGCUACAGAAUUUAUGUCGGCGGACGGAAAGUGACCUGAGUCGCCGCUAUGUCCCGAGCUUGGCUGCUCCCGGGGCUGCUGGCCCUCCUCCUACCGGCAAUCGGACAGGGCUACUUCCCGGAGGAGAGAUGGAACCCGGAGUCCCCUCUCAGGCCGCCCACUGUGCUGCUUGCCCUGCUAGCCAGGAACUCCCAGGAGUCCCUGCCCGAAGUGCUGGGCACCAUAGACCGACUGAGAUACCCUAAGGACAGGAUCUCUCUAUGGGUUGCUACAGAUCAUAAUUUGGACAAUACAAGCAGUAUUCUGAGAGAAUGGCUGAUCAACGUGCAGAGUCAAUACCAUCACGUGGAGUGGAGGCCGCAAGAACAACCAAGGUGGUUUCAGGAUGAGGAAGGUCCCAAGCACUGGUCCCAUGGACGCUACGAGUACAUCAUGAAGUUGCGACAGGCUGCGUUAACCUCUGCGCGUGAGAUGUGGGCAGACUACAUCAUGUUUAUGGAUGCUGACAACUUGCUGACAAAUCCAAACACACUAACUCUGCUCAUUGCUGAAAAUAAGACUGUAGUGGCGCCUAUGCUGGAGUCCAGAGCGGCAUAUUCAAAUUUCUGGUGUGGGAUGACAACCCAGGGUUAUUACCGACGAACUCCAGCUUACAUGCCAAUCAGGCGCAGAGAACGUCGUGGUUGCUUUUCUGUCCCUAUGGUUCACUCCACAUUUCUGAUUGACCUGCGUAAAGAAGCUUCCCGUCACCUAGACUUCUAUCCACCUCAUCCUGACUACACUUGGGCUUUUGAUGACAUCAUAGUAUUUGCUUUCUCCUGCCGACAAGCAGAUGUGCAGAUGUUCCUGUGUAAUAAAGAGGCGUAUGGAUAUCUCCCUGUUCCUCUGCGUUCUCACGGCUCUCUUAUUGAUGAGGCAGACAACUUCCUACAUACAAAGCUGGAGAUUAUGGUGAAAGGUCCUCCAAUAGAACCAUCGCGUUUUGUGUCUGUUGCGGCAAAAGUACCAGACAAGAUGUCAUUGGAUGAGAUCUUUCUCAUUAACCUGAAGCGGCGAGCAGAUCGAAGAGAGCGAAUGGAGAAGACACUGUAUGAGCUGCAGAUCGACUUUAAACUUUCCAAUGCUGUGGAUGGAAAAGCUUUGAAUGAGACUCAGGUUUCUGCGUUAGGGAUAAAGAUGUUACCUGGAUAUAAAGAUCCGUAUCAUGGCCGUCCUCUUACACGUGGUGAGAUGGGGUGUUUUCUCAGCCACUAUAACAUCUGGAAGGAGGUCUCUGAACGCUCUCUGGAAGUCUCUGCUGUAUUUGAAGAUGACCUGAGGUUUGAAAUUUUCUUCAAGCGAAGACUGUUGACACUACUACAGGAUAUGAAGAGAGCCCGCUUGGACUGGGAUCUCAUUUACCUGGGAAGAAAGCGAAUGCAGGUAGAUGAACCUGAAGAAUCUGUGUCUGGAGUCCGUAACUUGGUCAUUUCAGAUUAUUCCUACUGGACACUGGGGUAUCUGAUUUCCUUGCGCGGGGCAAGAAAACUGCUCAAUGCCGAGCCCCUGCAAAAGAUGCUACCAGUGGAUGAAUUCCUACCAAUUAUGUAUGACAAACACCCCAUCUCUGAUUACUCUGAACAAUUUUCAACCCGGGACUUGCGUGCUUUCUCAGUGGAACCGCUCCUUCUGUAUCCCACACAUUACACUGGGGAUGAAGGCUAUAUUAGUGACACUGAAACUUCAGUAUUGUGGGACAACGUGACACAACCCACUGAUUGGGAUCGUGCUAAAUCCCAGAAGACCCAACAACAAGAAAAGCUGCGCAGUGAAGCCCUGAAUACACCUUCCCUACGUUCUCCCUUUGACAAUGCUGCCCGUGAUGAGCUAUGACACCUUAGUUGCCUAUCGUCACCAUCCAUAAGGAACACACCAGCCAGCAUUUAAGGUGUUUGGGUCAAAGAAUCAUACAAUGAUCAAAUGAGAAAGCAUGGUAUUUAUUGACUGAUUUCAUGGCAAAAUAAUGAUAUUUAAGGACCCCAUGUUUACCUGUGCUGAUACACAAUCUCACAGCCAUUCCCCACAAGUUAAUAUAUUGUAAAGGAACAUCCCUACUGGCACCUGAGCUAGAUCUGUGUGUGGGACGCAAGAUACUUUUAAAUAUCAAUACAGCCUCAUUCCUGGGUUAAUAAAUAUAUAUGGAUGUGCUAAAAGCAGAAACUGGUACCGCUAGCUGACAACUGAGCUGCUAAUUGGAUUUCUGUUGUUCUUGUAAACAUAAUGUUGAUGGCAUGAUACUGUUUUUAACCCCUUAAGGACACAACUUCUGGAAUAAAAAGGAAGCAUGGCGGAAUAUUUCCGUCAUGUGUCAUUAAGGGUUAAUUAAUAUGUGCUAAUUUUACUUCCUACUUAUGGAUAGGCUAACUUUGUGGCAGUCACUGCUUGUAUUUUAAAUAAGGGAGAAAUGUCAGGGUGCUAAGUUAUUUUAUAAUUCUAAAUUAAUCAUUUGCGUUACAGGUUAAUUUUUGUUUUUAGCUCCGCUGGUUCAAUCCAAAUGUCCAUGAGGGAGUUGCACCUCCCAUGCUUCUUCAUAUAUAGGUUACAUGUCAUAUGAAAAUUUAUGGUUCUAUGAUCAUAUACAGCUGUUUGGUUUCUUUGCUGCCUGCAUUUAGAACAACAUUUCUAAAUGUUUUUGGUUUCCCUGUCACUGUUACAAAUUGAUAGAUAAAUCUAGUAAGGAAAUUGAAUUCUACCUACCAAAAAGCAACAAGUAUUUAUUGCAACAGUACAUCAUAAAAAAUGUUUAUUUUCGUAUAUGAAAGUAUUCACGUGACAACCACCCCCUAUAUACAUUUUGGACAUUCCAGAAGAUGAAAUCAAUCUGCCAUUUUUUUGUUUCUACAAGUGUGGAAAUGUACAGCUAUAUGUAAUUAAAGACUAGUGGCUAUUUAAUAGAAGAGUGUAUAUUGUUUAUCUAUUUAAGCAGGAAAUUAGAAUUUGUUUACGUGCCUGAGCAUACUUAAUUUUGAAACCAGCCGCAGUUGUGUUUUACAAUACAAUUACAGCCUUACUGCUUUGAAUGUAAUAUCUUGAGUUCAACAUUUACAGAAUUGUUACUACAGUGUUCUAUAUCUAGGUCAGUGAUGGUUAACCAGUGAUGGUUAUUUUUAGGAGCCCAGAUGUUUGUAUAUGUAGUCCACAAACAACGGGAUUUGCAAUGGUUGGCCAUCUCCACACUUUGAGAAGAAUGACUGAAAAGGAGUAUGCCUCCCACUUACAUGGAAUAUUUUGGAAGAUUAUAGUUUAGACUUAAUAAGUGACAAGUGAUCAAAAGCCAUGUAAACUGUCACAAGAACACGAUGAACAAAUUACAUUUAAAAAACCAAAAUGUAUUACAACGAACAUCUUACGAUAAUGUUAUACCUCUGUUUUUAUAAGGUCAAUACAAUCUUUUCUGAAUAUAUCCCUCGUAAUCUGACUGAUACGUCUCUGUAACCAGUCAAAAGGUGCCGCAUUCAUUUUAUGCGUUAAAGAUUAUUUUUAAGAAAAAAUGGCAGCAGAACACUGUGUAAUAUGUAUGUUAACAUGGUUUUAUUAAUGAGACCUAAAUGUAAGAGGCUCCAUUCUUUUUAAGAAAGUCAGUUGGGGUCUCUAUCUCGACGUAGGGUAAUGGUUAGCCAUAUUUUUGAGGGGAAUCACCUUGUAUGCACUCAGUACAUGGUGGUGGAAUAGAGUGUUGUAAGAUGAUACUGAAUAUUCUAACUAAUGCUCACCAGUCCUGUGCUAGGGACCACAGCUGUUUUACAGAGUUCUAUAUAUUUUUGUGCUUUUUUUCAAUAAAUCAUUUUUACAAUA